GAUGGUGAAUUUUUCAGCUACGGAGAAACUACUUCGGAAGGUAUUCCUUCUUUUUCAAGACUGACAUUAAUUUUGGAGCAUGCAGUUUAGAAUAUACUUCAGGAAAUUUAACAUGACAUACUUCCAAUCAGAAGAGAUACUACUUCAUCAAGGGUUACCCGCCCCCACCUCCCCUUCCCCAUUUGUUCAGUUUUCCGUGGCGGUUUUUCAACUACUCGUUUUUAUUCUUAGGGGGGGGGGGUUAGAGUGAUUAUGUUACUCUAGAAAGAGCCUUAAAAUGUAUUCAACACAAAAAAUAUUAAUCAUUUGUAACAGCGGAGACAAAAAUUGAGGCAUCUCUGUAAAGUUCUUUAUUUUAUCUUAGCUCCUGGUCCGUCAGAUUGGUAUAAAAAAUGGGAGCAAUGUGAUGGCAGGCGGCAAUCUCCGAUCAACAUCGUCACGACUCGGGUGAGGCGCAGACAUUUCCGAACUUUGAAAAUAGAAUUCGACAGACUGGGAGGCCUGGUCACUGGGGAACUAAAAAACAACGGAAACGCUCCCACUUUUUUCGUAGACAAGGACAAAGGAACAGCGAAACUAAAAGGGAAUCACCUCAAGGGCACUUACAAAUUGGAUCAGUUCCACGUGCACUUCGGGUGUAAAAACAACCGAGGAUCUGAACACACUCGUAAUGGCCACCGUUUUGCUGCCGAGGUAAUUAGAUGCAACUCUUGAUUGUUUUCAAACAGGAUUUUUUUUACCAUUAUUAUUUUUGAGUCAAUAAGCUCUAUCGGCUUUGAGGCAUCUUUCUCUCGGAUUACGAAAAACAAUUGUCCUCUGACUUGUGAGUGGGUUCAAAGAGAAAGGAGAGACAAAAAUGACACUUCUUCUUUCAUUUCAGUUUGUCUUAGUGCUUUUCUCAGAUCCUUACUUCAAUCUCACACUCAUUAAUAGAUUAAAAGAAAUUAACUCCUCAACUUCUGCUUUCCUUCCAGAUUCACUUUGUAUUUGUGAACUCAAAGGGACGAAUUGCAGUAGUAGCCGUAUGGCUCAGGGUAAACAUACUGAUAAUAAUACUUCAUGUUCCCAUUGGUGUUUUAUUGUUUGUGUAAGUUACUAUAAGUGAUUUCUCGUAUUCUUUUCGAUCCAAUAAACGCCAGCUUGGAAAAUGAAAACGAGGAAGAACCGUGUGUAGGGCUUAAACUCAACUCGGUAUCCACGUGGUAUUUCUAAAGAGAGGGAAACACAUUGUAACAGGGGAAAGUGAACAGUCAGAUUUCAGUGAGCUGUUAGGUGUCUAUUGAUCAUGAAAGAAAAUCUACUUUGCCUAAGACUUUCCUAAAGUUUGCCACUUGAUAAAAGACUAAAUCAGCCUUCAUUUCUUCCUUUAUUUUCUUUAAACAUUUAGCACCUUUUUUCCGAAUAUGAACGAAGACUUCUUUAUAAAACUGAUUAUGCUCGUAAAAUAAUGUAUCUUACAAGAAUCGCUGAAAACCGUUAGUUGGAACCGUGUAAUUCCAAUGUUAAAGUAACGCUUUGUUUUUUGUCUUGCAUGAUGUUGUUGUCAGGCUUCCAAAUAUGAAAACACUAUUUUGGGAAGGUUGGCAAAUCAGAUGCACAAGAUUAUCGAUGUUGGUACGUGAGCUAAACUGGAUAAUAUAUUAAGCGUUUUGCGAAAGGUGUUUCACCUCCUAACUCCCAAGAGUGACCAGGACAGAAUUUCUCAUAACAAUAUUAACACAAUACCGAGCAGACAAGUGUUGAGAAUCAAGAAAAAUAUACAUCAAGGGAUUAUUAAUUGAUCCAAUACCAAAUUUGCCGAAUUUUAUGGAAGACAGUAAGGAGAAUUACUAAGGAGAUCUUAAGAAUGAAAUGGUUAACUUUUAGCGAACAUCAGUAGCUCUGUGAGUUUUUUUUCUUCGAUUCGCUUCCAUCUUAAGCAACAUUUGAGAACUUUUCGACAUCAAAUGAUGAAACACUUUGAAGGAGGGCAAAGGACACCUUUUUAAUGAGAAUGUCGAUGAAGAUAUUUCCACAAACCUCGUUUAUGGUAGUUCUUCUUUGAAUCCGUUUAAUCAUCAUCCAUUUUGGUGUCGUGAUUGUGGUUUCACCAAAUGGUGAUUGCUCUUAGUGUUAGAAAAUAUUCAAAACAUCAAAAAAUUAAAUUGCCUUUACAGAUGAGUCUACAAAAAUAAGGAAGUCGGUCGGAAUUCGCCUGAUGCGCCUUAUACCACGCAAAACUCGGAAGCACAAAACAUUGGUACUGUCAAACUACUACCACUACAUGGGCUCCCUAACUACCCCUCCCUGCUGCGAAAACGUGUCGUGGUUUGUCUUGAAACAUAGAGUUCCUAUCACGGACUAUCAGGUAUUUAUCAAACUUUUUGAGAGGUCCAAAAUUUGCUUGAGAAAGCAUCAUAGUAAUUUUAUUUUCAACAAAGCCAAGUAAGACUCAAGCAACCCUAUCGAUGCGAGAAUUUUGAUGUCAGACGGAUAAAAAAAGAAACCCACAAGUCUCAUUAGGGGUGGGGAGGGAGGGAAGGGUCUUGACCCCCUGACCCUCCCCACGGGAUGGCUGUUGUUAUCCAGCUUUAGAACCCACCCAAGUUGAUACAACGGCCUCUGAGAAGAACAUAAACUAUGACAAGUGGACAGUGAGAGCUCAAACCAAAGCCAUACUAAAGGACGGGAAAAAGAGAAUGAAGAAGUCCUAGUCCCUAUAAGGAAUCAAACUUCAAACCUUCGGAAUCAGAAUUUUUUCUUUGUCCCACGUUUAUCGCAAGACGAAAAACAUUUCACGACAGAGCUCAAAAUUUGUCACCUUUUUUAGCAAGUUGUUAAUUAGUGUUGCAAUUGAUUUGUUGGGAGGAUAGACACAGCAAAUCAAAAAGAACCAAUGCAAUUACAAGUUACUGUCGACGCUCAAUUCAAAAUAGCUUGCAUGCGUAGAUAGGACAGGUUCAUUUAUUUCCUCAAAUAUUGUUUUGAGUUAAAAAGCCUAAUAUAUUGCUAUAAGUGAGGAAAAUGAUAGCAUUUUGUCUGUGUUAGUUUAAGAUGUAUCUCAAAAAAAAGAGCUGUAGAUUCACUUUCUUUCCUUGUUUCGUUUGUAGCUGUCGCAGUUCAGGGAGUUAAAAGGUCGAUUCCCUAAGGACCCCCCGGACAUGUGUGACAACUUCAGACCAAUUCAGCCGCGGAAUGGCCGCAAAGUCUAUGCUGUUAUCAAUUAA